CCAUAGAAUAAAAAACCUUCAUCUGCCGAAGUCCUUCUUCUGCAAAACCCUGCUCCUGUUCCAUCGUCAUCUCCCGUUCCUAGAUGCCAUCCUCGUUACCGUCAAUCUCAAGACUCAAGUACACUGCUCUCUCGAUUGAAGUUUUUGUUAGUGUUGACAUACUGUUAAUUAGGUAUUGUACAAAUCUUCUUCCUAAAACUAAUAUUAUUUUCAGAGUUCUAUUCCACGUGCUCUUCUUCCUGGGAUACACAUUAACUAAUUUAAGAAACUACUCCUAUAGUCUUCCCCUUAUAACAAUGAAGCUUUGUUUUGAUAGGAAUCAUGAGCUCCGAUUAUAUUGCUUACUCGGCCAAAAGGGCAAGGGAAACUCAAGAACGACAAGCCAAAUCAAUGAAUUCUGACAGUGAUGAGAUAAGAUCCCAAUCGAUAGAUGAAGUAUAUCAUUCCGAUGAGACUCAUAAUCAGUCAGAAGAAUUGUGUGCAAGACUCUCCAUUAAUAUUUUUAUUACCAUAGUUCUUGUCACUAAAUGAGUUAUACGUGACAAAUUUUAUGUAAACUGUAUUGUGUUACGAGUCAAAUCCACGCCAUUGUUGUAUUUUGUAAUGACAAUAUUUGUCACAGAAAUUACUUUUUGUGACAGAUCAAAUUUAUACUAUACUAUUUGGUACAAUGCACAAUCGUCACCAUUAUUGUCAUUCGUGACAAAAAAAAACUACAAUGUGUCAUUAUCGUCACUUAUGUAUCAUAUAUCAUAUCGUCACUAAUAUAUACUACUCUUACAAUGAAUAGACGUCACAAAUAGUGUCAGGAGUGACUAAAACAUUAAUCACAGAAGUGUGCUAUUGUGACAGUUACCACUGUCGCAAAAACCUCCUAUUGUGAUAAAAUGAUGGCAAAAAACAGGAAUUGUUUGUGACAACUAAAAAUGGUUACAAGUGAAAUAAAUGUGGUGACGGCACGAAACUUGUCACAAGUGUAAAGUAUUUGUGACACUCAGAAAAUUGUCACAAUUGAGUAUGUCUUAUGUGACGAAACACCCAGUUACAAAUAAACCUUAUACAUGUUAGGUAUACAUGUCAAAAAGUGUUGCGUAUAUUUUUUAGAGUGUUGCCUAAAAUUGUGUUGUAUAUGUGAAAUUGUGUUGCAUAUAAGGUAUACUUAUGCGACACAUUUUUUGUUGUUGCAAAAAGUGUCAAAAGUGUCACCUAUUACUUUAUACAACACCACCUAUAGAGGACACUGCUAAAAGUGUUGCAUAAUACAUAUACAACACUUUCGGUACUUCUUGCAACACAUUUCGAGUGUUGCCAAAGGCCACUUUUUCCGUAGUGCUGUCGGCGAGAGCUGGGUGGCUGGCGGGAGCAGGGAGAGUCUGUGGGUGACUAGGUCUGGGUGCCUUCGUGCGACUCAUGACGGCUGCAGGGUGGGAGUGGGAGGGAGGGAAUGGUCGACGAGUGGCUUGGCGAACUGGCGAUGGGAGAGAUGGAUGGAGGCAGAGUUGCAGAGAGAGGUCGAGAGUCGAGAUUGGGAGUCCGCCAGUCAAGAAUCGGGAGAGGCCAUCGGGACUCGGGGUCGGACUCGGCCUCGGGCCUCGGGGGAUGGCGAGGACAGACGACGCCGACAGGGACGCAGCAGUCAGUAGAGCAGAUGUGGGGUUUCCGGUUUUGCCUCUCUGCUCUCUACUGGCUGGCGGCUGCUGCUGGCUGCAUAGGGCUCAGCAUUCAACAUCAGCAAGCGACAAGCCUUAGUUUUUCGGAUAGGAGAAGGAGAGUGGGCUGAGCCUGAAUGGCUGUUUCUUGGCAGGUUUGGGCUUUGCCGUUUGGGCUUUAGUUGGAUAGUAUGAGUUGUCCUUCAUGUCCUCUCCAUGAUAGUUUUUUUUUUUUUUAAUUAUUCAAAACACAAUCAAAGAUAUGAAAGCGGCAAAUCUUCAAUACAUUCACACACAUACAACAUGAAAAAUAUAUAAACUACCACAAUACAUCAAUUUAACCAUUACGAGAAAGCAAAUCUCCCAUAAAAACAAAAACAAAUUGACGUAGGAUAA